AUGGAACCUGAUUAUGAAAAUCGUAUCCCAUCUGGAAAAUCGGCUUCUGCAAAAUUUUUUGUAACAAAGUUUCAUAUACAUCUACCACCAACUAUUUCUUAUCAUGGAACACCUGCUAUUCUUGGUAAUAUGCCUGAACUUGGCUCUUGGAAAGAUUCAAUCAUCAAGCUUCAUAAAGAAUCUGCAACAUAUUGGGUAUCAAAAGAAGUUAAAUUUCCCAUUAGUUAUGUUGAAAAAAAUGUUCCAAUCAGAUACAAAUAUGCAAUAAUUGGCAAGUCAUCAUUUUUAUCAAGAGGAGGUGCAAUUGAGUUUGAGGGGUUGGAUGAAAGAGAUAAUCGAAUUCUAGAAAAUUUUACUGAAAACCAAUUUGAUGUUUGGCAUAAUAGCAAUUCAUAUAAAUUUUAUGAGAGAUUUAGAGAUUUUAGUUUCAUUAAAGUUAUACAUAAAUCCAUAACACCAGAAAAUUUUAAACACCAAGUAAUGGAAUAUCAAAAACUACUAAAAAGAUUUCGUGAAUUGACUGUUACUUUUACUACAAUUGAAUUUAUUAAGGAGUGUAUGCCAAUUAGUAAAGAAAGAGAAAAGAAACUUUUCUUGUGUGUUUUGCUUGGUUAUUUUAUUAAUGAACGAAGAAACACUUCAAAAUUCAAUUUUUAUGAGUUGCCUAAUGACUUUGACUCAGGCACAUUAAUUGAUUCCUUGACAACUGUAUAUGAUAAUACUUUUCCAUCAAAUACUAAUGAGAUUAUAAAGCAAGCAGUUAAUCUUUUAAUCAGACAUAAUUUUAUCAAUGGUUCAUUUGAAUGGUUGAAAAUAUUUUCUGUUGCUGAUGUUAUUGAUCCAAAACAUGGCUUUCUUGAUGUUCUUCUUGAUGGAAAAUAUAAAUCAAAAGGUAUGGAGUUGUUUAUUAAAAAUGUUGAGGAACAUGUCAAACCAUAUAUUGAUAAUAUUGAGGAUAUAGAUAUUCAUGUGAAAAUAGCUGAGCGCUUCUCAGAAGUAUGUAAUAGUAUGCCAGCUUUAUUAACAGUGUGGGAUGAUAUAAUUAUUCACAGAACAGACAGACUUCAACAAAUAUUCUUUGACAAUAUCAAAAAUAAUCUUUCUCAAGAUAACCCAUAUCAAUUGUAUCAACAAAUCAUAGCUCUUCCUGAAGAAAUGCAAAUUAAACAUUUUGGAAUAUUUUCUCAAAAAUGUUUAAGCAGAAAAAAAUGGGGAAAUGAGCAGAUUAAAUCUCUUUUGAAACAAUUUAAAUGGGACAAAGAAGAAUUUCUUGAUGCACUUGAUAAUAUCUCUAAAUCAACAGAUUUGUCUUUAUUACAAGUUUUUCCUGAUCCAUUGGAAUACUGUUUUGAAACUUUCAACACCAUUGAACAAUCAAAAAUUUUGCAAAUUUGUAAUCAGUGGUUUGAACAAAUUUUAGAUAUUACUCAUCAAAAUAAAGCAAUGUAUUCCAAUGAUGAUGAAUUCAUUACAAUUAUAUUUAAUAUCUUAUCUGAAAUUUAUCCUAUAAUUGGUGUUAGGAUCAAUAUUUUUAAUUCAUUGAUAGAUUAUGCAGUCAAAAGAAUAAGUCAAUUUUCAGAAAAUGCUAUUUAUAAAGCAACAUGUUCAAUUGCUAAAUUUCAAGAACAAAUUUAUGCAAGUUAUUUUUUGGUGGUGAAAGAAACUUUAGAAAAAUCAUCAAUAAGCCCCAAUCAACAAUUAAUUCAAAGGGUUCAGGAAAUUUGUGGGUGUAAAAAAGGUGAUAAAAAACUCAAUAUUCCAAAUCAAUUAUGUGAACUUAUAAUGCUUUUUAUUAUGAAAAAAUUACAAGAUCAAGUUACUUUAAAUAAUGACUCAGAAUAUUAUGUCAAUUUAUUUCAAUCCAAAAAAUUUUGGAUAAUGAUAUUUAAUGCAACUGGUUUGAUUGAACAUUUACAUUCACAUGAACUAGUUUCACAUUAUAAACAGUCAAUUAAUGAAUUAGCAAAAUUAAUUUCAGAUGGAAAUAUUAAUUUCACACCAUUGAAAAAAUUAAUUUCCAACAAUGAAGAUUUUAUUCAAUUUCUCAAUUCUGCAACUACUGAUAAAAAAUUUGGUUCAUCAGAUAUUGUGACAAAAAAUAUGCUAGAUAAUGUUAAAAAAGAAAGCAAAAAUUAUGAAUAUAAGUUAGAUUAUCUUAAUGCUUUCUACCUUAGGUUUUGUCAAAGUGAAAAAGUAAUCGAUGCACAAGUUUACAUCAAUGAUAUAGAAGAGAAAAGAAAAUCUUUAUCAAAAUUUACAUUUAAUGAAAAAAUAUUGAAAGCUGCAGAAUCAGUUUAUAAAUUUGAAAAGUCUCAAACCUUUAAAAAUAUUUUUGAAUCUAAUUUGAUAAAAGAUGAAAGUUCUAUUUUGACUAUUGAAAAUAUAACCACUAAACUAAUUCCUAAAACACUUAUCGAUUAUGAAAAAUUGUGUAAAGAGCAUAUAGAUUGGUAUAAAUUAUCAUGUACAAAAGCUAAUGAUUUUUGGAAAGAUGUUACGAAUAUAGAAUUAGAACUUGAGUUAAUGGAGUAUUUUGUACAACCCCUUAAAGACAAUAAGUUACUUGAAUCAAUUCAGCACCUUCCUCAAAUAUCUAUUUAUAAAGAAAGACUGAAAAAUUUGAACCAGAUCACUCAAAAUUCACAUGAUAGAGGGAACAAAUUCAAAUUUAUGUAUAAUGUAUUAAAUGAAGGACAUUUAUUGUUAGGAAAUUUAAUAGAUUUUUUCAAUAAAAUUAAAAGAGACCUUAAAACAAUAAAUAAUGAAAAAACUUGGAGUUUAAUCAAAGAAUUGUCAGAAGCAGAAGUUCUUAAUAAAUUUCUCAGAUCAAUCAAUGAACAAGAUAUUGGGAAUUUGCCUAAUCAAAUUUUGGAUUAUGUGUGGGAUUAUGGUAUACUUCUACCAAAUGAUGAAAAGAAAUAUAUUCCUGUCAUGUUAGAUGAACUCCCUGAAGAAUUAUUAAAUCGUCAAGUAUUGACUAAAGUUUUAUUUGCUUCACAAGAGUUCAUCAGAGAAGUUGAAGGACCAUAUAGUGUUAGUUUACGUGAUGUAAAAAGGGUCAUAAAGCUUAUAAAAUUCUUCUUUGAACAUCUUAAAAAUAGACCAAUUAGAAAACGACUACCUGGUGAAAAAGAGCCAGUUAGAUAUCCACAAACUGGUGAAGGCAAACCAAGUUUGCUUAUGCGUUCAUACAUCUUGGCUCUUGGAUUAUGUUAUCAUUCCAGAUUGUAUGAAAAAGAAUUACAAGAACAAGAAGAUAAUAUAAAAAGGAUGAUUUGUCCACCAAAUACUGCUUUUAAUGAAGCAUUGUUAGAAAAUGUUUUGGUUAUGAUAGUGUGCAUGUUAACCAAAAUUCCAUUAUUCAUUAUUGGUUCAUCUGGAUCUUCAAAAUCCUUGGCAGUAAGGCUUGUGAGUCAAAAUUUACGUGGCACAGACUCAAAUGAUCCUUAUUUCAAAACAUUGCCCCAGCUAUAUCUCAUUCCACAUCGAGGAUCUACAUCAUCUACUCCAGAAGAUAUCUUAAAGGUUUUUGAAAAGGCCAGUAAAUAUCAAGAUACAAGUAGAAAAGAAUUUCCUGUAGUCAGUGUUGUAUUAUUGGAUGAAGUUGGGUUGGCUGAAACCAGUCCUUUCAAUCCAUUAAGAGUACUUCAUUCUGAACUUGAAACAAGCUAUCCAGAAGAUGGUCCAAAAGUUUCUAUAAUUGGCAUUUCAAAUUGGAGAUUAGAUAAUAAUAAAAUUGAUACAGCACAACAUUUAUUAAUAAACAAAGAUAUUAAAAGAGCAGAUUUAAAAUCAUUAGCUGUGACAUAUUCUGAAUAUGAACGGAAUGGACAAACUCUUCCUAAUUUCCAUGGUCUUCAAGAUUAUUAUGCUUUGGUUAAAAGUCUUUCAUCAAAAGAAAUGACUACUGAUAAUAUUCAAAUAGCAUUAGCACGUAAUUUUGGUGGAGCUGGAGAACAUGAAGUAUUAUGUGAAAAAUAUUUUGGAGAAGUACUGAAUGCAUUUGAUAAUCAUCAAUAUAGAAUGUAUAGACAUAUACCUGUUUUAAAUUUAAUCAGAGAAAGUUUUGAUGAUAAAAGUGCAAGACAUUUAAUGGUUAUAGGAAAAAGUGAAUCAAUAAUAAACAUAUUAAAUUUUGAAUUGCAACAAAAACAGUUGGAUCCUGUUAUAAUAUUAGGUUCACAAUUUCCUGAAGAUCAAGAUGAUUAUUCAUAUAAUAUUUUAAAUAGAAUUAUGAUGUGUGUUGAAGCGGGAAGACCAUUGAUUUUAACAGAUUUAGAAAUCAUUUAUGGCAAUCUUUAUGAUUUAUGGAAUCAAAAUUAUACCAUUAUGGGAAACAAUAAUGAUUCUAAGUAUUAUAUUAGAGUUACACUUGGCACAUGUGAAGAUACUAUGCUACCUGUUCACAAGGACUUUAGAUGCAUUCUUGUUUUAGAAGAGAAAAAAUUACAUACUGCAGAUCCAUCAUUUUUGAAUAAAUUUGAGAAGCAAAAAUUAGGAAUUAAUGAUAUAUUGAUGGAUGAGGAAUUUGAACUUGUUGCUGAAUUAAAUGACUGGGUGAAAAAGGUUUCUACAGUUUCAGGAAAAAAUAAAAAAGUUCAAUCACACAAUAAAUUUAAACAACAAGACUUAUUUAUUGGUUUUGAUUCCAAUGAAACCAUACAAAGUUUGAUUAUAAAUAUAAAAAGAAAAUAUCCAGAUGAUGACAAUGAAGAAAUACUUGAAAAAUGCAAAGAAUGUCUUGUUGCUAUAGCAACUUCGGAUGGUAUGGUUAGAUUUGAAAAUUCUUUAUUAAAUCAUGAAGAGAUACUUAAAUGGAAAGAAUAUUAUUUUAAAAUACAACAUCAUGAUAGUCUUUUUGACUAUUUUAAUGCAUUAUUGAAACAAAAUGAUCCAUAUAUGCCAGAAGCAGAAGGAAAACAA